GGAGGCUGGCGGCUGCUCGGAGCCGGGCGCACGGGGAUCGGGGCACCAUGGGCUGCGGCCGCUGGAAGCUGCCCGCUUGGCUGGGGACGCUGCUGCUGCUGCUGCACGUGGCUGUGGCCGAGGAUCCGGUGAGCACGGCUGGGAGGAGCUGUGACACCAUCUACAAAGGCUUUGCCGGAUGCCUCAUCAGCCUGGGGGACAGCAUGGCCCGGAGUGUCCAGAAGCAGCAGGAGGACAGUGGGCAGGACGGGCAGGAGCUGGACGCCAUCUGCAGGUCCUGGGAUGACUUUCACACCUGCGCCAACAGGGUCUUGUCCCACUGCCCCGAUGAAGCUGCUGCCAUCUGGGAGUCGCUGCGACAGGAGUCCAGGAAGAUCCAGUUCCAAGGGAACCUGCACGACCUGUGCAGCGCGCGGGCCAGGCCGCCCGGCAGCGUGCGGGGCUCGGCCGUGGACGAGACUAACAAGGAGACCCUGCGGGGCUCAGCCCGGCUCCUCCGGCCGAGCCUGCUGGCCACCCUGCCACUCCUGGUGCUCACAUCACUCCUGGUGCCCUUCGUCUAGCCAGGGAGCCGCGGCCAGGCACCCCCUGCCGGCGCCAGGCGCAGACUCUCGCAGGGCUGGCACCAGAGCCUGCUGCCCACGGGGUGUUUCCAGCCUCUUUCAAGCCAGCCAGGGGCUAUGGGGCAGCCAGAGGCCGGGUUCCCCUGGCACAGCCUGGGGCCAGGGGCAUCGUGUCCCAUGGGGCGAAUGAGGCUGGAGCCCCCGGGGUCCUGUGUUUCCAGAAAGAUCUGGACCACAGUGACUGAGCUCCCCCUCCCCCAUCGCCCUGUGCGCACAACUCUCCCUGCAGGGACCAGCCUGACCCCGGCCCCACUUCCCUCGGCCCGGCCUGCACCGGCAGCUCUCCUGUGCCCCCCACGCCCACCCCCACCCCAGGGAGUUGCUUUCCACCUGGGCCUGUCUCAGUGCCCAAGCUGGAUCUUUGGAAAAAGGUUCAGCCCAUGACUCCUCAGGCCGGCUGCCCCAAUCCCGCCCCUACAGCUCUGUGGGCUCCUCUGCCUCCCCAUCCCUGAGAGAAGCCAGAACGUGGCUCUGUGGAGGAAGCCGAGCCUGGGAACCUUCCCCCUGGAGCUGCUGCUGCCUCCAGGGGAGACGUCCCUCAGCUCCUUCCCCUUGGCCGCGGCUCUGCCGUGUGCGCUGCUCCCCUCCUCGCUCUGCUUCGCUGAGGGCACCGGCACGGAAACGGAUCUGGCCUGUCCUGCUGCCACAAGCACCGGGUGCCGUAACAGCCACAACAGCCUCACCUGCAGUGCUGUGCCCCCGGUCAGGCCACCCCCAUGGACAGUGAGGGGGCAGGACACCCCCGCACAGAGCUGACUCCUGCCCAGCUCGGCUCAGGUGUUGGCACUUGCAGAUGGGCAUUGGGGCCGCCCUGGCCAUGGGCAUAGCCUGGCAGGGGACCUGCACUCGCCAUCUAGGAAGGUACCAGCAUCCAUGCCCAUCACGUGCGCCUGGCCUUUGAGGCCUAGAGCCUGGGCUUUCAGCACUGCUCAACGCCAGCCCCUCCCGUUGACAGCUGGAGGGGGAGUUCUGCUCGCUGUUUCCCAGGAGGCUCCGGGAAGCUGUGUGCCCCGGGGUGUGUGUGUGUGUGUGGGGGGGGGGGGGGUUGGUUUUUACUGCCACACAAAUGUUCUUUAGGUGAUUUAAACAUGCAAAGAGUGACCAAGCCCAUAUGAGUGUCAGGGCUGCCUGUCUCUGGAGGCCGGGCUAAUAUUCUCUGUC